AUGACAGAUAAGAAUGGUGUUGGUGUAACAGAGAUUGGGCAUGACAGUGAAUCACGUGUACAGGUAAUAUUGUUUACAUUGACUAAUGUAUGUCUGUUCAAUACAAUAAAUUAAAACGGUCGGUGCUAGCGUAGGUAGUGCUAAUAACACCAGUACCAUUGGUAAUGAUUCCAACCAACCUGUUGCCAGACAUAGGCCUAGCAAUCACAGUUUCGGACAUCAGAAUCAUGUGGAAAGCACAGUGUCUCAGACAUGAGAAUUCGAGCCAUUUUUUGGUAACAUUGAUAGCCGAAAGAAAACAUGAUAUGUGCCUCUUUUCUAAGCUUGGCACUCUCUACCACUUUGGUAUAAAUGAACGCUUUCCUAUGUUUAGCUAUAUGUGUCCUUGUAUAAUUUUCAUUUUCACUUUAUUACCUACUUGUUUCAUUAUAUUCCUUACAUAUUUUAAUUAUCAUUUAUAUAUAGCUACCUUCCUUGUUAUUUAUAUUUUGUAUAUUUACUAUUUUUACCAAAUCAAUCUGUUCGAUUUAUUUUUUGUCACGUGAUCGUUUUUAUAUUCACUAGUUUAAAAACACAUGUAAAUGUUCUCGAUCCAUGCUACUAACUUCCCGACGAAGGUCCUUCGCUCGAAACGUUGAAGACUUACAUGUAUUUUUCAGGUAGUUCAAUUCCUCUCAAUCCUCAGCUGUCUAUAGAAAUAGUAGAUACACCAGAUGCGUACUUGGUCAUGAAAUUAUGGCCCUUAUACAAAUCCUCCAUUUUCAAUUAAUUAGAAGUAAGAACUACAAAGUAUAAACUAAGUCAGAGUUUCCUAGUCGAUACAUUUUGUCUUGCUGUCUAAUUAAUUUUCCCUGGUGUUCUUUGUCAGUACCUGGUUUAGUAAACUUAACUCGUGCUAUAAAAAGGUUCUUGCGAAAGUAUUCAGCUAACUUUCCGAUAGGGUACUCGUUAACGGCGUUGCAUGCAUGCGUGCGUGCUUGCGUGUGUGUGUGUGCGAAGUGAACCGAGAUCCAGGUCGGAUUAGUUUUGAAACGACGUCUGGUUUAGCGGACUGUUUUUUGUCUGACUUAGAAAUAUUUCUUAAUUCUCAAAUUGUUUAUUAGACAUUUACUGGUUAGGGUUAGGGUUAGGGUUAGGGUUAGGAUAAGGGUAAGGGAUCAGUUUGUUUUAAAAAAUUCAACUUUAACUAUAGUCUCUGACAAUGAACGCUAGCGAUAUCUAGCAAAAGUGUCGCAUUUUUCAGGUACAUGGUUAUGAAGACCGUGGAGAAUACAGCAGAAGAAUUAAAUAUAACGUUACCAUGGAUCACAUUAUUGCAAUCAUUACAGGAUCGAAUAAUUGCGAACAAUUUAUAAAAUAUGAAUGCCGCAACGCUGCCUUUUGGUUUGGUCACGAUCGCCCAUACUCUUGGUGGGUAUCACGCGAAAAUUUAAAGAUGACUUAUUGGGGCGGAGCUCAACCUAACAGUGGCAAAUGUGCAUGCGGAAUGUCCGCCAAUUGUCUCAAACCAACGGAAAGAUGUAACUGCGAUCAGAACGAUAAUGUUUGGACGGAAGACAGUGGAUAUCUGACAGACAAGAGUGCACUGCCGGUAAUUGAGCUGAGAUUUGGUGAUACUACUUUUUAUAAUAACAACAAAGAGGUUGGCUACCACACAGUUGGAAAACUGCGUUGCUGGAAUUAACCACCUAUAGUGUGUGGGCCUAUAUAAUAUUAAUUGCAUUGAAAAUCAUUUAUCAAUCUUAGGUUAUAGCAGGGCGGUUAUGAGAUAGGGCGGUAGAACACCAGCUAACGAGCUGAAACAUGAGUGAUGCACUUUAGGCACGGGGCAAACGCGGUAAGGAAUGGUUUUCGACCCGAAUAAGGAAUCUUUUUUGUUUACAAAACAUGGUGAAACUACUUAAAACUGCUUUGUAAAUAUGUAUUCGAUGGCUGGUAAACUUCUUUUAAAUGUUGGCUAUUGAAAGGUUGUGAAAAUGAAAAUAAAUCUGAAGCCAUUAUAAGGUUUUUUUCGAACUUGAAAGAUACCUACAUGUCCAACGUGAAUGCCCCAGUUUUUACAAGGAGGUACACGUUUCGAAUUUUCUCGGCAAGAUUGUCUAUUUGCAUGGUAUUAUAUUUCAGACUUUGGUAAAUAAAACUAUAAGCAUUCGGUUGUUGCCAAAAUCCAUGCAUCCCGUCGGUUUUUGAGCUUUUCUGCAAUGACCUGUUGAAUUUGAUGCAUAUAAACAGCAUGUUUUUGUACACGACUAUCCUUGCUGUCUCAAAGACUUGUGAAAACACCAACAUUAUACUUAAUACUACGUUGUUUUCUUAAUCGAGUGUAAUUUACAAUAUUUUUGUUUGUGGAAACACCACGUAGAUUUAUUACUGCAGUAAUAAAUUUACGUGGUGUUUCCACAAACAAAAAUAUUAUAUAUUUUAUCGCCAUGCAAACAUUCAAAGAACUUACGAGUGUAGUUUAUUGGAAAAAAGGACAUGUAUUUAAUUUACCGGCUGGGAGAUCCGUACUGAACAAUAUUUUCCCUUGGUCUCAGAAGCGGCCCGAGAGCAAAGAUCGAGGGACGCUUCUGUAUGAGACCAAGGGAAAAUAUUUUUCAAGUACGGACCGACCUCGAUGGUAAAUAUCGUAUUUAUUUUUUUGCUCGAUGCUUAAAUUCCUAAAAAAUCCAGUGUUGCGAACUAGAUUUGAGAUUAGUUGUGUUUGUUACUUUAAUCCAGCUAGUGCUUCGAACCAAGCAUGGCUGACAUCUUGCUAGAACAACACUUUUAGCGCAAUACAAAUAUUUUUGCCAUAAAUGUAUGAAGAUCCAUCCUGUCAAGGAUGUUGCAAUAUCUUUCACAUUUAGAAUUUUUGUGAACUUAUCCGAUUCAAAUUUUUUGUAUUUCUAAGAUAAAUUCUGUUAUUUCAUUUUCGUCUUCCUCCUCAUAAUUUUAUGUACGCUAUAAAACGUCAUGAAAUGGAAAUGUAUAUACAUUUGUGACAUGGAACAAACUCCCCACUGACUUGUUGCAAAAUGUCAACAAUAGUACAGUAAAUGUUGUAAAAUCAAUGUUCAUCAAGUCCUCUAAGAAAUUGGAAAAAAAAUUUGGUGGCGGUUUUCUUACCCCUGUGUUAAAUUAGCAAUAUUAUGUUUUAAAAUAAGUACUUAGAAUAUAGCAAAAAUUGUUGUACUAAUUUAAUUUUAAGUGUGAGGCUGAUCAGUAAGUAGGUUUCAACAUUUCUGUAUAUUCUUACUUAUAUUUUGUGAAACACGGCCCAUUAAAAACCAGCUAGCUUUAAUUAAAUGCUAAUUGGCUACCGUAACUGUUAAAUAAUCUUCUUCAAAGACUUAAUCGAUUGUUGGCCGCAACUAAUUAAUAAGUUUAAUAGAUUUUACUGUUUAUUCAAUUUUGACCCAAUGGCCUCGUUUCCAAGCUUGACUGUUUUAGCAUAGCAGGGGCACAUGUAGGUAAUAUAUCCCUAUAGUUCCCUGCACUAAUUUAUUUCCAUUGAUCGUAAAAGCCCAAUCAUAGACUGCGAACGGUCCCCGCUUUCCGAGGGUUUAGAUUUCCGGGAAUGAGAAAGGAAAAGAGGGACUGCAGACAACAAACCAAGAAAUGAAAUACGCGUUGCCCACACAACGCAAAAUUCCCUUUGGUCGAAAUCGAUACGCCCUGUCAAUCAAUUCUGAUAUGUAGUAAUUAUGCUAUAAAUAACUUCCAGAACAGCUGAAUGUUGAUUUUAUACCGGAUGUAUCAAAAUAAAAGUAAUCGAACUUCAGCGCGCUAUUGUAUGUAUACACUGUAAAUCUCGCGGUGUUGCGGCAACACCAAAAAGGUGUAACAUUACACUAAUUAGGUGUAACGCGGAAUUAAACACCGUUCGAGUGUAACAUUACACUUCCACAAUGUAGCUUUACAGUAUUUUAGUGUUUCGGUAACACUUACUAGGUGUAAAGUUGAAAAUAUCCUAUUUACACCUAAUUCGGUGUAGAUUUACAUGUGCGUUUUUUAUAUAUGCGUUUUUUAAUGGCACACUAUCACAAAAAAUUGAAUUACAAUGUGCUUACAAUAAUUACAUUACUAAGUUAAUAAAGAUACAAUAAGUCUAAUACUAUAUUUACAAUUUAAAGAUUUAGGUGUGAGGAAAGUAUAUAUUGUAAUAGUUUAGAUAUUCAAAAACUAGUGUAGGUAGGUAGGUAAAACUUUAUUUAACUACGCUAACCCCUACAGCGAAGGCUGAUUUCCAAGGGGGGCGUAGAUUUAAAUAGUUAAAAAAUACAAUUGAUACAAAUUAUGGUCAUACAUUACAUUACAUUACAGUUAACAACAAUUACAAUACAUUUACAAAUACAACUAGUAUAUAAUUAUUUACAAAUUAAAUUAAUGUUAGUACUGUUCAAUAUUUUAAAUUAACGUAAUUAUUUUAUUAAUUAAUUAAUUAAUUGGCCAGGUGUCGUAUACAUGAAUUAAACGAAGCAAGAGUGUGUUUGUUUCUUGCUUCAUCAGAAAGGCUGUUCCACAAUUUCGCUCCUCUAUAACUAAGACUUUUUUUAAGAUAUUCAGUCUUAGGUUUGGGCAAAAAGAGUUUGGUGGAAGAGCCUCGCAUAUUAUAGUAAUAAGAGGAAGACGUCCUUUGAAAAAUGUUGGUUAGUCGUUUUGGCGCCAGUUCGCGAGUUAUUUUAUACAUAAGACUUGCUACGAAAUGUGUUCUGCGUUCACUUAAAGGUUUCCAUUUCAGUUCGUCUAGAGCAAGCUCAGAUUGACCGUGUUCGUUUUUACGGCCAGUAAUAACUCUAGCUGCCCUAUUUUGUAGUUUCUCGAGUCGAUCAGAAAGUGUGGCACCAAUGGUGUCCCAAACUUCGCAACAAUAAUCUAGGUGUGGAAGUAUAAGUGCAUUAUAAGCACAAAUUAAUGUAUUAUGAUCCACACAAGAUUUUAGCUUUCUGAUCGCCCCAAUUCCGGAUGAAAUCUUCUUAGCAAUUUUAUCAAUAUGCUUAUCCCACAAUAGAAAUUCGUCAAUAUGAACUCCAAGCGCUUUUGUUUCUUUGACCUUUUUAAUUGGUGUAUCACCAACAAAUACAUUUGGAGCAGCAAGUAAAUUAUUCAUGUUGUACCGAGAUCCUAUUAGUAGAUACUCAGUUUUGACUAGAUUAAGAGAUAAUCUAUUUGCAGUAAGCCAUUGUUUAACGUUGGUAAGGUCAUGAUUUAUGGCCACCUCUACAUCUUGGAUUGACUUGCCAGAUACAGUUAGAGUCGUAUCGUCGGCAAACAUUCUUGUCGACGAGUACUCCAAACUGUUAGGCAGAUCAUUAAUGUAGAUCAAGAAUAAGAGUGGGCCAAAAAUUGAACCUUGAGGGAUUCCACAUGUAACCAACUUCGUGCCCGACAGAGCGCCAUUAACGGAGCACAUUUGGGUUCUAUUCGCUAAAUAGGAUCCUAAAAGGUUUAAUGAUGGCUUCUGUAGGCCAUAAAGAUCAAGUUUCGUUAGAGGAUGUCAUGAUUUAUGGUGUCGAACGCCUUUUGUAAGUCCAGAAAAACAGCUAUAUUAAACAAACCACGGUCCAUAUUAAUAAACCAUUCAUUUGUAGUAUCUAAAAGAGCAGAGGCUGUAGAAUGAAACUUCCUGAUGUGUCAUGAUGACAUAUUUAAAUCUCGGAUCAUACUUGGGAAAAAACUUUUCUGAAAACGAUCUGUUCUACAUUUGAACAACGACCAAUUGUUAGCGUUACGUAAAUCGUAGUUCACGUUUUCUCUAGUCUGAG